AUGAGGCAGGACAAGCUGACCGGCUCCCUGAGGCGCGGGGGAAGAUGCCUGAAGAGGCAGGGCGGUGGUGGUGGCGGCAGCGGCGGCGGUGGUGUGGGCACCAUUCUGAGCAACGUGCUCAAGAAGCGCAGCUGUAUUUCCAGGACCGCGCCCCGACUGCUCUGCACCCUGGAGCCGGGAGUUGAUACAAAGUUGAAGUUCACUCUUGAGCCUUCCUUAGGUCAAAAUGGUUUUCAGCAGUGGUAUGAUGCUCUCAAAGCAGUGGCCAGACUAUCAACAGGAAUACCAAAGGAAUGGAGGAGAAAGGUUUGGUUGACGUUGGCAGAUCAUUAUUUGCACAGUAUAGCCAUCGACUGGGACAAAACCAUGCGCUUCACGUUCAAUGAAAGGAGUAAUCCUGAUGAUGACUCGAUGGGGAUUCAGAUAGUCAAGGAUCUUCACCGCACAGGCUGCAGUUCUUACUGUGGGCAGGAGGCUGAGCAAGACAGGGUUGUCUUGAAGCGGGUCCUUCUGGCCUAUGCCCGAUGGAACAAGAAUGUCGGGUACUGCCAAGGCUUUAACAUCCUGGCUGCCCUGAUUCUGGAGGUGAUGGAAGGCAAUGAAGGGGAUGCCCUGAAAAAGCUAAUCAUCUUUAGUGACUUCCAGAAGUUGGGAACACUGAGGGCUAUCUUAAAAACUGCCUAUCACACCAGUGGGUAUGAGCCCCCGCUUACGAAUGUCUUCACGAUGCAGUGGUUCCUGACCCUCUUUGCUACCUGCCUCCCUAACCACACAGUCUUGAAGAUCUGGGACUCAGUCUUCUUUGAAGGUUCGGAAAUCAUCCUGAGAGUGUCGCUGGCUAUCUGGGCAAAGCUGGGAGAGCAAAUAGAGUGUUGCGAAACGGCAGAUGAGUUCUACAGCACCAUGGGGCGCCUGACCCAGGAAAUGCUGGAUAACGACCUUCUGGAAAGCCACGAGCUCAUGCAGACUGUUUAUUCGAUGGCUCCAUUUCCUUUCCCACAGUUGGCAGAGUUGAGGGAAAAGUACACCUAUAACAUUACACCAUUCCCAGCCACCGUAAAAGCCACCUCAGUUUCUGGACGACAUGGUAAAGGUAGAGACAGUGAUGAGGAGAAUGAUCCUGAUGAUGAAGAUGCUAUUGCUAAUGCGGUGGGAUGCCUGGGGCCUUUCAGUGGGCUCUUAGCACCUGAAUUGCAGAAGUACCAAAAGCAAAUUAAAGAGCCGAGUGAGGAGCAGAGCCUGAGAUCUAAUAACAUUGCAGAGCUGAGUCCUGGAGCAAUUAAUUCCUGUCGAAGUGAAUACCAUGCGGCCUUUAACAGCAUGAUGAUGGAACGCAUGACCACUGAUAUCAAUGCGCUCAAGCGUCAGUACUCUCGGAUUAAGAAGAAGCAACAGCAGCAGGUUCACCAGGUGUAUAUCAGGGCAGAUAAAGGGCCAGUGACCAGCCUCCUCCCGUCUCAGGUAAACAAUUCUCCAGUUAUCAACCACCUCCUUUUAGGAAAGAAGAUGAAGAUGACUAACAGAGCUGCCAAGAAUGCAGUCAUCCACAUCCCUGGGCACACGGGAGGCAAACUUUCUCCUGUCUCUUAUGAAGACCUUAAGACAAAGCUCAAUUCUCCAUGGCGAACUCACAUCCGGGUCCACAAAAAGACCAUGACGAGGACCAAGAGCCAGCCGGGCUGUGGAGACACUGUUGGGCUGAUAGAAGAGCAGAGUGAAGGUGGCAAAACAAGCAGCCUGGGGACAUUGACCUCCAAGGAAACAGCAGCAGCAGCAGCUGCAAGAGAAGGCAGCAGCUCUGAGGGCACCCCUGGGAGGACAAUUGAGGGGCAGUCCCCAGAGCCGGUGUUUGGGGAUGCAGACACCAGUGUAUCUGCAGUGCAGGUGAAAUUAGAAGGCUUGGAACUGAGCCAGGGGGAUGCUACUGCUGAGACAGAGCCCAGGGUGUACCCACCCAGCCAGCGGUACUUCCCAGAAAUACCUGACACACCCAGAGAAAGCAAAGCCCCCAGCAAGCCUCCGCAAGGCAGCAACCCUAAAACUCCCAUCUUUAGCCCUUUUCCCAGUGUCAAGCCACUCCGGAAGUCAGCCACGGCUAGGAAUCUGGGAUUAUAUGGUCCCACAGAAAGAACGCCAACCGUGCACUUCCCCCAGAUGAGCCGGAGCUUCAGCAAAUCCGGUGGCGGGAGCGCUGGCACUAAGAAACGAUGA